ACCAUGGGAAAAGAGAAACUCUAUUGUUAUCAGGCGGUAGCCAACUCUAGCACUGGCCUCCGGCGCACUCUAUAGUCACAACCCGCCCUCCAAGAGCAACCGCAGAGUAGCGUCCCCCUGGCGGGGAUUAGUUUGGUAAUGCUGACAAGUACCGGUGGGUCUGGUUUCUUGAGGUGUUAGGGCAAUUCCCUCUGGGCAACGCGAAAUCGAGGUGAAGCCCGGAAAGCCUCUGAGACUGAUUAUGGAUGAGGUGCCCAAAACCAGUAAUAACAAUUCAUCAACAUCUCCACAAAUAGCAUCUUUACAAGGUACCACUCUACAGGAAGCUCAACUUUCUCAUGUUUCUCAACAGAUGUCUCUUAGAGGUUCAGCUCCACUAACAGUGGUACAUCUGUCUGGAGAUCAGGUCCAGGGAGUCAUUCAUACAGCUCAGACCUCCACUGUGAUUCACUCCCCACAAGGACAAUCAAUACAGGUGUCAUUAUCAGAGAAUGAGGAUUCACAAGAUUCUUCGGAUAGCAUGGACUCUUCCCAGAAAGCAAGAGGUCUGUUAGCACGCCGUCCAUCUUAUAGAAAAAUUUUGAACGACCUUUCUUCUGAAGACACAAGGGAUAGGAAAGGAGAUGAAUCAAAUGCUGUUGUCACGUCAGUGCCUGUCAAUACACCUGUUUAUCAGACCAGCACUGGUCAAUAUAUUGCCAUUGCCCCAAAUGGACCGUUACAGUUGAGCAGUCCAGGUGUGGAGAGUAUGCAGGGCUUACAGACGUUUACAAAUGCUACUGGGACUCCACUAUUACAGUAUGUGCAGACAUCUGAUGGCCAGCAGAUACUUGUACCAAGUAAUCAGGUAGUGGUGCAAACUGCAUCUGGGGAUAUGCAGGCCUACCAGUUACGCAGAACACCAACCACCACUUCCCUUCCACAAACAGUUGUGAUGACAACUCCUGUGUCCUUGACAUCUCAGUCAACCAAAACAGAUGAUCCCCAACUAAAACGAGAAAUAAGGCUGAUGAAAAAUAGAGAAGCCGCUCGAGAAUGCCGUAGAAAAAAGAAAGAGUAUGUUAAAUGCCUUGAAAAUCGAGUUGCUGUCCUUGAAAACCAGAACAAAACUUUAAUUGAAGAACUAAAAACUUUAAAAGAUCUUUAUUGCCAUAAAAGUGUGUAAGAAAAGAAGGUGGAAGCUUUUCUGCGAAUAU